AUGAGUACACGGUAUUAUUUGCUGGGGGCAUCGCUGUGUUUCGCGUCGAUUCUAUCGAUAAGUUUACUGGUAUCGAUGAAGAUGAUCCGUGACAUGAACGGUAUCUAUGAGAAUGCAAUGUUGGAUAUGAACGAAUUCAUCACGCUCUCGAAUGAUGCGUUCAAUCAAAUCAACUUCAUCUACAAGCAAUCCGCUGUUGAUGACUCACAAAUGCGAUUCAUCGAUAUGCUCGGUGGGGAUUCGUCAAGUCUGAUGCUAGAACGACUGAAACGUCAGGCGAUCUGCGAUUGUGCGCCAACCGCAAACAAUUGCCCACCAGGACCACAAGGAGAAGCCGGUGAUCCUGGACCAGAUGGUGCGGAUGGACUCCCAGGACCCCCAGGACCACCAGGUGAGGAUGCUUUGCCUGGACCAGCAGAUGCACUUCUACCAAAAGAAUGCAUCAAAUGCCCACCUGGACCACCAGGUCCAGCAGGGCCCGAUGGACCACCAGGACCGCCCGGACCAAACGGCAACCCUGGACCUGACGGAGCAAACGGCAGAAAUGGAUGCACUGGUUUAGUGGGUGAUGAGGGUCUACCAGGACCAGAAGGUCCACCCGGACCACCUGGACCACCAGGACCACCCGGACUAGACUCUAGAAAAGGUAGGGGAUUACCGGGACCAAAGGGACGAACCGGACGAGCAGGACCAGCCGGGCGACCAGGAGAACGAGGACGAGACGGUGAACCUGGACUUCCAGGACCACCUGGACCGGCUGGCACACCAGGACGGCCUGGAAUGCCCGGAAGAAACGGAUUACCCGGAGAACCAGGCAGCAUGGGUGUGCCGGGUGCGGAUGCAAGCUAUUGUCCUUGUCCUCCGCGUUCUCUUGUGCAAUAG